UGGGAGGGGAGAAGAGGGUGCAUGAGUUGCUUCAUGCUGUCUGAUUGCAGGCAUUGGCACUGCAGCUGCCACCCUUGUGCCCAUGGAGAUGGGAGGGGAGGCAUGGAGGGGGAGUGACAGAAGUCCCAGUGCUCUGGGAAGAAGGUGCGGCACCAAGAGCUAUUGGCAUCACAUCUGUUAGGCUGGUGCCCAGUGCUGGGGAAUGGGGGAACCAGGAGGCAGAAAGGAAGGGCAGGAAUGUGUUGCUGAUGUUACUGUCCCUCUAGAAGUAGAUCUGAGGAACGUUUUGACUAUGAGGCGGUUACCUCUGUUCGGCCUGGGGAGUGGAGUGCUGGAGAGUAGACAAGGAAGUGCCAGGAAAGAGUCUAGGAGCCAGGGAGGAGAGGCUGUGCCACUGCUACCCAGGAAGAACUUGUCUGGGCUUAUGAUAUGGCCCUUUGUGAGAACACUGGAGAGCAUGGGAACUGGGAUGUGAGGUGGAAGCUGGCACUGCCCAUGGAGCCUGACAUUGUGUGGAACAGGGCAGGGUGAUAGUGUCCCUCUAGUUUAGUUGAGAAGGUUGUUGACCAGGAGUGAGGUGGUGAGAUGGAGGGGUGCUUUAUUUGAGAGAAUAGACUUUUUUCUGCCAGGAGCUCCUUCCUAUUCCCUCUUAGGCAUGGAGAGCUGAAUGACAGACGGAGUGCCGUGAGGACACAAAGGAGGAAGCGUGCCAUUGCUAAGACCCCAAGGAAGAAGAGUGGAGAGUGCCGACAGUCCUACCUGGCCUCCAGCCAGUUUCCCACUGAAGAUGGCCAUAUCCUCUAGCCUGGGCUGAACUGCCUAGGGUUGGGACAGUUCUGAUUUCAACAUUUCUGGAAGUGGAUGGCAGCUUCAGAAGAAGCAAGUUUCCAAGAAGAGAAAGCAGGAGGCCCUCGGUCAAUGGGGUCAACAUGGCCAAGGGCUUGAUUGAAGUUGAGCGCAAGUUUGUUCCAGGGCCUGGCACCGAGGAAAGACUGCAGGAACUGGGGGGCAUUCUGGAGCAUCAGGUCACCUUUCGAGACACUUACUAUGAUACUUCUGAGCUAAGCCUUAUACGAUCUGACCACUGGCUGCGACUACGAGAAGGUAGUGGGUGGGAGCUCAAAUGCCCAGGACCAGCCCGUGUCUCAGGUCCCCACAAUGAGUACACGGAACUGACUUCGGAAUCUGCAAUUGUGGCCCAGCUCUUUGAGCUGCUAGGGGCAGAGGGGCUGGAGGCUGCAAGUGUGGUCGCUGUAUUGGCUCCACUGAAGCUGCUGGAAGUAGCUAGUUUUGUGACUAAACGCAGUUCCUGGAAACUGGUGUUCUCCGGAGCUGAGGAACAGGAGCCGCUGCUUAGAGUGGACCUGGAUACAACAGACUUUGGCUACGCCGUUGGUGAGGUAGAGGUUUUGGUGCAUGAGAAAGCUGCUGUGCCAGCUGCCCUAGAGAAGAUCGUCAGCUUCAGCAGCAAGCUUGAGAGGCUUUCUGGCCACACCACCCGAGUGGACCUUUGGGGUCUUACUGCCACAGUCCAGCGAGGGAGCGGGGGUGCCGGCACAGGAGAAGGCACCUGCCAAGGUCCAGGUGUACCUACAGCGCUUCAGGCCUCAGGACUAUCAGCGCCUGCUAGAAGCAAACAGCUCCAGAGAGCCCACGGGGGAAUCAACAUCCUGAUAGCAGUUUGUGCUAGCAAGGUUCACUUCCUGGAAGGGACAAGAACUCUAGGUCUGAUGUUGCCGUCCACACCUGGACUCACUGUGCCCUUCCCUUCCAAGUGUCUUCUCUCUCCAGCUCUUCCCAUUCUUUCACUCUAUCCUCAGCUACCCUUCCCUGAGCCCUCCGGGCUGCCUCUUCUCCCUCAUCCGUCAGAUGCAAUCUGUGGGCCGCCCCUCUCCCCUGGCCGCUAAGCAGCCUCCAUUGAUUUCCGCUCGUGUUUAUAGGAUUUCCACUUAGCCGUGAUCAGUAGUUAAGCACAGGAAAAUCCCUUGCCGCCCCCCCCUCCCUUGGUCGAUGCCAUUGAUUCUGCCAGCGGCUUUGAAACCGCCUUACAGCUGAGUUAGAGACGAGGGGAGGCAGCAGGGAUUUCCCUGCCUUGGGGUGUAGGGAAUAGCAACAAGAUGGGGAAAUAGUUGGGAAUUCCUGUUAGAAACCCAGAAAUUCUGCUCUGGUUUUGCCACUGUGCCUAGAGGGUAGAGUACCCUGUGUGUCCGUUUAGAGGUAAAUUUGCUCCCCAGUACAGAAAGGGGUAAAGAGAAAACCCUUAUUGUUGAGACAGGUCCCUAAGGUUCCAGGGAAGAGUUCUUCCUGUUUGACAAGGCUCUACCCUUGUUAUUCAUACCUUUUCUUUCUCAACUAUGCCAAAAUGGGCUUUCUGCCCAGCCUCAGGCUUUAUUUGUAGAGGAGGCAGGUCCUUCUGUUUGCAGUGACAAAUGUAGGACCAGAGUGCCACCUGCUGGUAGCCCUUUGGGGUCUGUUCCCAGUUUGUGGGGUGAAGGAUUUCCGGUGAGUGGAAACAGUUAUGAAUGAAGAAGGCAAGCAUAGGGAAUAGCUUAACAACCUGGGACUCCACUUGGUUUGGGCUCUGUACCUACCUUCUUCUAACAAUACACUUGGCAAUCUAUGAUCCUCACCUUCACGUACCACACACACACACACACACACACACACUUCUAAUAAUGCAUCUAGCAACCUAAGACCCCCUCCACCUGCAUCAAGUUGCAAAUACAUCCCACUCGAACAAUGGAAUCAAUCUCUCUUCCUCCUAGCAACCACAAGAACUCCCCUUUUGUGGACAGUUUAUAUUCAAACAUAUUUCAGAACAUAUCUGAGUAUGGCUGAUCUGGCCAGGAUUGGUUUUGGGUGCAUGUACAAUAAGGUAAAGUAUGUCCUCUGAGUGCAGUUUUACCAUUUUUGCCUAUGUAUAAUUGAAUGUGCAGAUGCCGCAUGGGAAGGGCUAUACAUGCACAAUGAGGAAAGGCUUACAUAAUCCAAGCCUGUCAAUCAAAAUGGAGAACCACCCAAAUGAUACCCCUUAGCAACGAACUCCUCCUUCCCUGAACCCUGUUGAAGAAGACCCAGGCAGCAGUCUGGGCCCUUGAGUGCAUUCCCUCUAGUGUGAACCCUUGAGCGCAUUCCCUCUAGUAUGAACCCUUGAGCGUGGUCCCUCUAGUGUGAACCCUUGAGCGCAUUCCCUCCAGUGUGAACCCUUGAGCGUGGUCCCUCCAGUGUGAACCCUUGAGCGUGGUCCCUCUAGUGUGAACCCUUGAGCGUGGUCCCUCCAGUGUGAACCCUUGAGCGUGGUCCCUCUAGUGUGAACCCUUGAGCGCAUUCCCUCUAGUGUGAACCCUUGAGCGUGGUCCCUCUAGUGUGAACCCUUAAGCGCAUUCCCUCUAGUGUGAACCCUUGCAGCGUAUUUCUGAUUUGUACCGUCACUUUGCUUUUGAAUAAAGUUGCCUGGCUACUUUGUAA